AUAGAGUCUAGUCCUAGAGGUUUUGACAGUCAGGAUGUGCAGAAGGAUGACAGAAAAACUGAAAAAGGAAUGGUCAGAAGAGUAUCAGCUGAUGACAGCUCCAGUCUUCAUAGUAUUGACAAGAAUAAAAAUUUGGUUGGGAUUAGAGCAAAAUUGUAUAACCUCAUCUCUCGUCGACCUACACAAGAAGAUCUCUACAAAAGAGGAAUUAUAAAAGAUGCUGUAUUUGGAUCAAAGCUGCAUGAACUGUGUGAAAGAGAAAAAGUGAAUGUGCCAAAUUUUGUACAGAGGUGCAUAGCAGCUGUGGAAUCAAAAGGAGUCACCCAUGAUGGGCUUUACCGUGUCAGUGGGAACUUGGCAGAAAUACAGAAACUGCGCUGUGCUGUAGACACCGAUGAUGCUUACAAUUUGUGUGAUGAACAGUGGGACAUCCAUGUACUUACCGGUGCCUUGAAAUUGUUCUUUCGUGAAUUAAAGGAACCUGUUUUCCCAUUUAACAUGUAUGACAGAUUUGUUGAUGCUAUUAAAAAGGAAACAAGAAAAGACAAACUGUCAUCUUUUAAAUCAGCAGUGGCAAACCUGCCUGCAUGUAACCAUGCUACACUGAAGGAAUUGUUUAAACAUCUUUGCAAAGUAAUGGACGCCAGUCACGUGAACCGCAUGCAGACUCAGAACUUAGCCAUUGUUUUUGGACCAACAUUAUUAUGGCAGGAAUCACCAGGAGAAGGUUUAGCAGUUCAAACAGUGUACCAGAGCAGGAUUGUGGAGUUUAUUUUGUUAGAAUACAAUGAAUUAUUUAAAUAA